UUUCCAUUCCUAUGAGAGCAGAACCUCUGCGGAAGAAGAAGAAGGUAGAUCCUAAAAAAGACCAAGCUGUAAAAGACCAUUUGAAAAAGAGGAUCCGACGACUAGAAAAGGCUAGCCAAGAGCUAAUUCCCAUUGAAGAUUUUACUACGCCUGGGAAGUUCCUGGAUGAAGUGAGACAGCGGCCUCAGGUCGAGCUCUCCUUUGAGGAGGAUGAGCGGAGAGCUUUGCUUCUGAAGAAGUGGUCCUUGUACAAGCAGCGAGAGCAUGAGAUGGAGAGGGAAGCCAUCAACUCCAUGCUUGAGGCCCAGCAGGAAGCUCUGCAGGAGCUGAAACUCACAUCCCAGGAGCUCCAUAUGGAGGCCAUCAAGCGGGACCCCAGUCUGUUCCCCUUUGAGAGAGAAGGGCCAACGUAUACACCUCCAAUCUCCAACUACCAGCCCCCUCAAGGCAGGUACCAUGACAUCACCAAGGUGUACACACAAGUGGAAUUCAAGAGGUAG